CCGGGAUCGGGACCAUGGCUAAGACCGUCUGUAUCGUGGGUAGGACAACUAAUUCUCCUCCGCUCUUUCGGGCAUGAAAUCCCGGCCAAGCUCACACGUAACUUAGGCGCUGGCCCCUCCGGGCUCGUGGCAGCGAAGACCCUGCUACAUGAUGCACCCCCCGACUCGUUCAAAGUCACCAUUUUCGAUGCUCAAUCUCGAAUCGGAGGAUUAUGGCCGACGAGCAAGGAUGAUGCCGGUGGUCUCAUUCACCCGUUCAUGACUGCUAACCAGAGCAAACACACUGUCCAGUUUAGUGAUUUUGCCUGGCACAGCUCUACCCCAGAAUUCCCUCAAGCGUGGCAAGUGGGUCAAUAUCUGGAACAGUAUUCCCACGAGUAUGGGGGUGCCGAUAUCCGACUCGGCCACAAAGUCGUGAAGGCCGACCUACAAGGUGAUGGCUCGUGGCAGGUGCAGACAGAGUCGGCUAAAGGGGCGGAGAUUAGUCAUUUUGACUACUUGUUGGUCACCACAGGAUUCUUCGGGACGCCGAUAUGGCCGGAUAUCGUGCCGAGGGAGGCGGAUGUGCCGAUUGUUCACAGUAGCAAGUACCGCGAUAUCAGGAGUCUCUUGGCCGGUUCAAAGGGACGCGGGAGCAAAAUCUUAAUCGUCGGGGGGCAGAUGUCCGGUAUAGAGGUUGCUGCGACCAUAGCAACUUCUCUUUCAUCUGCCGUUCACUCGCCGGGGGAGAAGAUUAUAGAGGAGCCGGAGAAAUACACGAUACACCAUGUCAUCCAACAGCCAUCGUGGGUUGUCCCACUCUUCACGUCUCCCAAGCCAGCGGCACCAGCACCCCCUUUUCUACCAUGCGAUCUACCUUCAUACAAUCUAGCUAACCGCCCACCUCCAAUGACGAAUAGUCAGGGGCACAUAAGCGUAGACGCGGCGCGCAUUUUCCAGUCAAUAUAUCAGUCCGUUUUAGGUACUAACCAGUCCGAGUUCUCGGAACAGACGAAGAUAGAUGGCGACUUACUCGACGUGCCGCCCUUCGUAGCGAUGAGUUCAUAUUACAUGGGCUUCGUGUGUUCGGGACUUAUCAAAAUUAGUAAGGGAAAGUUGGAUUCACUUUCCGGAAAUGCAGCUACCUUGACGCCCGGAAACGAGCAGAUCAACGAUAUCGCUGCCAUCAUCUUAGCAACGGGUUUCGACCCAUCCGAAAACCUCUCCUUUCUCCCACCAGAGGUCCUCCAGACCAUCUCUCACUCGCCGUCACAUUCUAAUCUACCCGUCGCGCUCGCCUUCCACGGCACGCAUCACCCAGCCUUGCCCACUCUCGGCUUCGUCGGCCUCUACCGCUCUCCCUACUGGGGAGUCAUGGAGAUGCAAGCGCGCCUCGUCACACAGCUUUGGGCAACUCCAGACAGUCCUCAAACCCCAUCUCAAGCUCUAGCGCAAGCCCUCACAAACGACGACACCAUCGCGCGGACCUUAGCUCUACGCACAGACCCGCGCGUCUCCCAGUUCCCGAUGGGCGACUACGCCUAUCUAAUGCAGGAGUUCGCGUGCGCCCUCGACAUCCCGCUUACCCCGUUCCCCCCCACACCACCCCUUGCGAACGGGAAACCCAUGGACAUCCUGACCCCCGCGCGCUACGCCUCCGCGACAACACUAUCCAUCCCGCGUCGACGCGACCACAUCGACGCCAACCUCCGCAACACCCACGCCACCGCCGUCGCCGGACUCUCCUCCGGCCGCUUCGUCGCCGGCGCCGUCUUUCGCUCGCUGCUCGGCGAGUGGCAUCUCGAGCGGGACAUCGCAUCACAACUGCCCUCGCACCCCAGCGGCCGCUUCAUCGGCACCGCGACCUUCCACCUGCGCGAGGGAACCUCCGACGGCCGCUCCUCUUCUUCUUCUUCUUCUUCUUCUUCUUCUUCCCCUCUUCCAGGUCUCGAGUACCUGUACAUCGAAGACGGCGUGUUCACGGCGCGCGACAACCCGGCGAUGUCGUUCCGCGGGACGCGGCGGUACGUCUACCGCUACGACGAGGAGACAGACAAGCUGAGCGUGUGGUUCGCGCAGACGGACGAUGCGCGGCGCGCCGAUUAUCUUUUUCACGACGUGGAGUUCUUGCCGCCUACCACUACCACUACCACAACCACAACCACCAACCCCAUCGCCACCGGCGCCGCCGCAGAAGAAAAACACCGCCAGCUUCUCGUCGACGACACGGACACGGACACGGACACGGACACGGACGCGCGGAAACAGAAGCGGGGGUGGCUCGCGCGCGCCAGCCACCUGUGCGUCGAGGACCUGUACGACGUGCGCUACGAGUUCGACUUCCAGGCGGUGAACCUGCGGGAGUGGAGGCUGGGGUACGCGGUUAAGGGGCCCAGGAAGGAUUAUGUUAUUGAUGGGGUUUAUAGGAGGGUGUGAGGAUAAGGGGUAGAGGGAGUGAGAGUGAGAGUGAGAGUGGGGGGGGGCAAGGGGAAGGGG